UGGUGUGCGGGGUUGAAACGCAGUGAAAGAAACCACGUAUGAGCCACCUGUCCCUGGAGGCUUGCAAGUCACAGAUAGGAUGCUUUGGAUAUCAUCUUGGAGAAGAUGAAGGCUUCCGGCUUCAACUUCUCUCAAGUCCUUGCCUUGUCUGGGGCAGGCCAGCAACAUGGAAGUGUGUACUGGAAGACUGGGGCCAGCAAGGUGCUGACCAGCCUGUCACCGGACCUCCCGUUAUACAAGCAGCUGCAGGCCUGCUUCUCCAUCAGCAGCUCUCCAGUAUGGAUGGACUCCAGCACCACAGCCCAGUGCCGCCAGCUAGAGGCUGCCGUGGGCGGAGCCCAGGCUCUCAGCUGCCUCACAGGGUCCCGUGCUUAUGAGCGCUUUACAGGAAACCAAAUUGCAAAGAUUUUCCAGCAGAACCCGGAGGCCUACUCAAACACCGAGAGGAUUUCCUUGGUCAGUAGCUUUGCCGCCUCCCUAUUCCUGGGCUCUUACGCCCCCAUUGACUACAGUGACGGUUCUGGAAUGAAUUUGUUGCAGGUCCAGGACAAAGUCUGGUCGCAGGCUUGCCUCGAUGCCUGCGCCCCUCAUCUAGAGGAGAAGCUUGGCGCGCCAGUAGCUUCGUGCUCAGUUGUGGGAGCCAUUGCUUCCUACUAUGUCCAGCGCUAUGGGUUUCCUCCAGAAUGCAAAGUGGUGGCCUUCACUGGAGACAACCCAGCAUCACUGGCAGGCAUGAGGCUGGAGGAAGGUGACAUUGCGGUCAGCCUGGGCACCAGCGACACCCUGUUUCUCUGGCUCCAGGAGCCCACACCUGCCCUGGAGGGCCACAUCUUCUGCAACCCUGUUGAUGCCCAGCACUACAUGGCGCUCCUGUGCUUUAAAAACGGCUCCCUCAUGAGAGAGAAGAUCCGGGAUGAGUCUGCUUCUGGUUCCUGGAGUGAGUUCUCCAAGGCGCUUCGGUCCACAGAGAUGGGGAACGGAGGAAACCUGGGUUUUUAUUUUGAUGUGAUGGAGAUCACCCCCGAGGCUGUUGGCCGUCACAGGUUUAGUGCAGAAAAUGGUGAGGUCUCAGCGUUCCCCAGGGAAGUGGAGAUCCGUGCCCUGAUUGAAGGACAGUUCAUGGCCAAGAGGAUUCAUGCUGAGGGGCUGGGCUAUCGAGUCAUGCCCAAGACAAAGAUUUUGGCCACUGGAGGGGCAUCUCACAACAGAGAAAUCUUACAGGUGCUUGCAGAUGUGUUUGGUGCCCCAGUGUAUGUCAUAGACACUGCCAACUCAGCCUGUGUGGGCUCUGCCUAUCAAGCUUUCCAUGGCCUUGCAGCUGGAACAGAUGUGUCCUUUUCAGAGGUGGUGAAGUUAGCCCCAAACCCCAAGUUAGCUGCUACCCCCACCCCAGGAGCUUCUCAGGUCUAUGAGGCCCUUCUCCCACAGUAUGCCAGGCUGGAACAGAGAAUCCUGUCUUAGACCCAAGGGCCUCCAAAGUGGAUUCCACAGGCCCAGGCGCCCUGUUGAACUGGGCCACUCAGACUCAUCGAUCCCACUCAAGAAUGUGACCUUGGACAGAGGGAGCCUCUUCCCUGUUUCACCACCUGCCUGUGCUGAAUCCUAGGGGUGCUCCAGCCUUGUCUGGGACCACCCUGAUAUCUGCCUUCACAUCAUCCUAAACAUAGGCAGGCAGCUUGUGCCCACGCCCUCUACCCUGGACAGGAAAGCAUCUCUCUUAUCCUAUCUUUCAUCCAGGAGGCAGGGUACCACUGAGUUACAGAAUAUCCAAUGUAAAUGUGUUUCCCCUUUCAAAUAAAAUAGUAAAUCUCAUCAGCAGAAUAGAGAGGCAGAGUCCUCCCUCCCCUGAAAGGGGUAUAAAGGUACUAGAGUGGAAAAGUAACUUCCUCAUCUUCAUGCCUUAAAGUCAAUAUUAUCAAAUUAUUUAUAAUUUAUUUAGUACAUAUUAUAAUAGCUACAAAUCAUGAAAUUUAAAACAUUAUCAGAUUAAUUAAUGUCAAAGGAAAAUCCCAAAUAAAAUCAGUAACAGAUACCAAUAGGGUGUGAAGAUGUUCUGUUUUCACAAGUGCAGUGUAUGACCAAGUGGUUCAAGUAUUAGGAAAUUAACAAAUAUAAUUCUUCAUUUUAAUAAAUGUAGGAAGACAAGCAAUUCAAUUACAGCUAAUGAAAAUCCUUUGACAAAAUUCAACACUCAUUCUUGAUUUCAAAAAAUGUUAAAAACCAGCGUUUGCUUAAUAAGGAAACACUGGGGCCUUUCCUGAGUAAGUCAGGAAAUCCACCCUCUAUCCAGCCAUUUAAUUGUGCAUUAACUGAGGCAGCCAGUGCAGUCAGACCAGAGAGAACCAAGGCAUAGGAAUAGGAAAAGGAGAAAAAAUGAAAGGGAGUCAAUACUAAACCUAAUGCAAAUAAGAAAAGUUCGUAAAGUGACUGGAGAUAAAGUUUUAAUAUAGAAAGAGUAGCAUCCAUACAUGCACUCAAUAAAAAUUACAGGGACUGAAGGACAGGGCUAAUUUACAGUCGUAACACAAAUCUAAAAUACUUGGAAAUGGGGCCUGCCUGGUGGCGCAAGGGGUUAAGCUUAUCUCAGCACUUACGAAGCUAUCUGAAGCCACUGCAGC